UGCAAGAUGGUUAGAUGUCUGAAAGUAGAGGAUAGACUUGGAGGUGCCCUAAAUUUCACAUCAUGGAAGGUUCGUGUCCUCCUUGCUCUUGAAGAAUUAGAGCUAUUACAGUUUGUGGAAGAUACGGAUCUGACUGAACCUUUGGAUCCGGAAGAGCUAAAGCAAUUCAAGAAGAAUGCCCUCAAAGCAAAGAAGUUCCUUAUUGAUUCCGUGAAGGAUCAUCUUGUUCCAGUCAUCUCCAAAUUGAAGACAGCCCGAGAGAUGUUCAAACACCUAGAAGGGAUAUAUGAGAUCAACAACAUCAGCCGGACACUCACACUGAGGCAACAACUUCUUCAAGUCAGAAUGUGCAAAGGAGAUUCAAUCAUGUCCUUUUGCAUGAAGAUUUCAGAAUUGAAGGACCAACUCAGCGCCAUUGGAAACGAGGUUGUGGACAAGGAUAUUGUCAUGAUUGCGUUGAAUGGUCUUCUUGACUCUUGGGAUUCCUUGAUUCAAAGCAUAAGUGGAAGAGCUGAAUUAUCUUCCUUCGAUCGCCUCCGGUCAGAUUGCAUUCAAGAGGAGUCUCGCCUAGCUGCCAGAGAAAUGCAUAAAGGCUCUCAUGGAGGAGAUCAACAUGUGCUUGCAUCUCAACAUGUUAGAAGGAAGGGAGGCCAUUGGAAGAAGAACAACUUCAAAAGAGAUAGAGACUUUAGACCUCUAGCUUUUGAUUCAAGGAAGAAGCCAAGGGAUCUUUCACAUGUCCGUUGCUUCAGAUGUGACAAGUUUGGACAUUAUGCCAAAGAAUGUCAGAAUUCGCCCAUGCAAGGGGAGGCCAACCUGAAUGAAGUUACAAACUCAGAGGAUAAUGAAGACUCUCUCUUCAUUUCUGCUUUGUCCAGCAAUGUGCCAACUGAUAGCAACACUUGGUUGAUCGACAGUGGUGCAUCUAGACACAUCACGGGAUAUCGAGAGCAUCUCUCAGACUUGAUGGAGAAAGAGUCCAAUCUUCUUGUGGUAAUUGGUGAUGAUGCACAAUAUUCGGUAAGAGGCUUUGGUAGUACUUAUUUAAUUUUGAAUCUGGUAUGUCCUUGCAUCUUAGUAAUAUUUUAUUUGUCCCUGGAAUUAAGAGGAAUUUAAUUUCUAUUUCUGCCCUAGAAGAUAAAGGUUAUCAAAUAACAUUUUCUGAGGGUAAAGUACUUGCAUGGCCUACGAAAUUUGGUAUUAAAUCUGUUCGUGCUAUUGGAAAUAGAUAUGAUAGUUUGUAUAAGCUUUUAGCUAACCCCAUUCGAGCACUCAUUCAUGAAGCUCCUGAAUCUAGUGAGCUAUGGCAUAGAAGGCUCGGUCAUCUUCACUAUCAGGCACUUCCUUCACUUGAAAGGAUGGUUAAAGAAACAGGAAUUAAGAGGGAGUUCUGCGUUCCCUACAAUCCUCAGCAGAAUGGUGUAGCUGAACGAAAGAAUAGAACCAUCGUUGAAGCUGCUAAAGCUAUGAUUCACGAUCAAGACUUGCAGAUCUUCUUAUGGGCUGAAACAUCCAAGACUACUGUGUACAUUUAGAAUAGAUGUCCUCACCGUAUCCUGAAGAACAUAACUCCCGAGGAAACUUUCACAGGAGUCAAACCAGAUAUCAGCCACCUAAGGAUCUUUGGAAGUCCUGUCUAUGUUCAUGUGCCAAAGGAAAAGAGGACUAAGUUAGAGCCUUCUAGGAAGAAGGGUAUCCUUGUUGGAUAUAGUGAAUCUUCCAAGGCAUUUCGCAUCUACAUUCCUGGUCAAAGGUACAUUGAGGUAAGUAGAGAUGUCACCUUUGAAGAAAAUAUUGCUUUCAAGAAAUCUAAAGGUUCUCUUAUUGAUAAUGAUAAAGAAGUUAAUGAUUAUCAAGAUAUGGAUAUUGAUACUAACCCUGAGAUUCAGAGGGAGACUAUUGUGCCUCCUGAACCUAUUGAGCAUAAUGAUCCUCCUAAGCCUCUAGUUCCAACUGAUGGACUUAGAGAUAUUGCAGCUAGCAAGAAAAGACCCCUUUGGGUUAGAAGCACAAUUCAAGAUGCAAAA